AUUUUCAAUAUGGACCAAACGUCCAUUUACAGUACGAUGGCCUCGCGAACUACGGUGGGGGUGGUUGGGGCUACGCGCGUGUCAACGCUGACGGAAGGAAGCGACAGCUACCGCUGCACCAUGGCCGUGACUGUUGCGGCCGAUGGGCGCAAGUUCCCCCCGCAUUUUGUGUUCCAAGGACAGCCUGGUGGCGACGUCGAGAGGGAGGUCAGAAGUUACUGCGAGGAGGAAGUCGCCACGUUUUCGGUCCAGGCAAAGGCGUGGUUCGAUCUUCGAGUCAUGCUCGACUGGAUCGAAAACGCGUGGAAGCCUAUCGUGACGGAGCCAUCGCUACUGAUAUUAGAUAGUUUGAAGGUUCACAAGAUGGCGGAAGUGCUCGAUGCACUGGCGUGCACUGGGACGGCCGUGCAGUUCGUGCCCGGUGGCUGCACGGGGGUGGUCCAGCCGCUGGAUGUUGGCGUCAUGGCGCCGUUGAAACAGCACAUUCGC